AUGUUGUCAGAUACUGCUGGUUUUGAUCAGGCUAAAGCUUCAGUGGGUAAGCAAUCAGAAAUCGGUAAUGACCUUGAAACAGCAGGGGACGGGGUUGACCUUGACCACAUCGACAAUGAUCCAAGUGUCCGUGCCAACAAAGUCAUGUUUGCAGGGUUAAAAAACAAAUCCGUUGCUAGUCCCGCGAGCUCAAACACGUUGGUUCAUUCAGAAACUAAGGCAGAGAAGGUUAUCGAUGAAUUGGCCCGCCUCGAGGAGAUUGAAAAGCAUGUCAAAGCAUAUCAACUAGAGGGGACCCCGACAAAGUUUAUUUUAGCCAGGCGGCCAAAUUCAGGGAUGGUGAAGUUGUACAACCAAAUUUUGAAGGAUAAGAGAGAGCAUGUUAAGCAGCUAACUGCAAUACACGAGAAAUUUGGACCAGGGUCAGAAAACCCCAUGCCCGCUUCUAAAUUUAACGACGAUCCUUACCAGCUUCAAAAGGUGAACCAUGAAAUUGCCACGAUAAAGGAGGCAAAGAGAGCACGCGAAUUGGAAAAAGAAAAAGCUAAACGGGGACAAGAAAUACGGGAACAUCAAAGAGAGCUAGCUGUUGCUCUCGUUGAUGAGCUCAACGUCAUGCACGAUAAAAGAAUACUAGAAAGACAAGACGACGAGACGAGAUUUUUACAAGAGAAACCAUCAUCAGCUAAUGGUGGUUGUGGCGUUGAUAAUAAUAGUGAUGAUGAUCGGAGUGCUUUUUCGGCGAGAGAGGUUGAGAACCACCCUGAAAAUCACACUGAAACCCAGGUUGAGUACCAGAUGGAGAACGAAGAGGAGCAAGAGGAGGGUUUGGAAGCGAGUAGUGAAAGUUUAGCAGCAAUGCCACAAAAACCGCGUAAGCGAGUAAGGUUCAAAGAAAACUUCCACACCUUAUUCGGCACGUUGCACCCGCACCACGAGCGUUUGGGAGUGAAACAAUGCAUAGACCGUUUCAGAGACAAAGCUCAUAUGACUUUACACAAAGUUGCCACGAGAGACGUGAGCCGGCCCUGUGCAAACCCGUACGAGGCUCAUUUCAAACCGCCAAGCCCGACAUUGGACAACGGUAAUCUUUACACCCCGAAACCGGGCACUUUUCCUGAACAUGCUGUGGACAGAAGCAUGCAAAAGUUGUUUUUCCCUGGCGACCAGUCGUCGAGUGCUUCACUACGCGAUCCAGAUUAUCACCGAAAAUGA